AUGAAGAAAGCCCAGGAUCUGCAAAAGAAGUAUCCUGAUCAGAAUCAAAGAGAAGUGACAUUCGCGGUAGGAGACCGCUUUGGGAAAGUCGGUAAGCUGGCAGUCAGAUACAUAUGGCCUUACCAGAUCACGGGAAGAGUGGGAGAGGUGGCAUAUCAGUUGGAAUUGCCACCAGACAUGAAACUUCACCCAGUGUUUCAUGUCUCCAUGCAUCAGAAGCAUGUACCAGAUCCGAAUGCGAUAGUGCAAGAACUGAUUCGGGAUCUGCAGCCAGAUUUGACGUAUCCGGAAGGGCCUUUGAGUAUUGGAGAAAGGCGAGUGAGGAAGUUGAAGAACCGAGAGAUACCACAGAUCCAAGUGUUUUGGGGGAGACAAAACUGGGAGGUGAUCACGUGGGACGAUGAGACACGAUUCAAGGAAUAG